AGAGCCAAAUGCAGAGUUAAAAGCCCAAGUGGUCAGAGCAGUAGCUAAGAGCUGAGACUGAAACCGUCUUCUUACCCAUCGCUGCCCCUGCCAUCCUUCCCCUGAGAAAGAGACCUAUUUCCUGUGUGUCUGUCUUUUUAUUGAUUUUCUGUUCUGCCUUUUCAUUGGUUGUAAACCCAACCAUGUGACCUUCUCGUCACUACCUGUCUGUACAGACCUCCAGGUCUUCUAUGGUUGGUAUUGAGAUUAAAGGCAUGUGUCUCCAUGCUGGAUGUAUCCCUGAACACACAGAGAUCUGCCUGUCAUGUGAUUGGGAUUAAGGGCGUGUGCUACCACUGCCAGACUUCUGCUAUGGCUUGCUAUUAGCUCUGACCCCCAGGCAACUUUAUUUAUUAACAUACAAAUAAAAUCACAUUUCAGCACAAAUAAAAUAUCACCAUAAGGGUGGAAGAGGAAAACUAAAACCUACUCCUUGCAGAAACUACCCAAGCAACCACAGAGCUCCCUGAGGUCUAGGAAAAGGUCUGUGUGAGGACUAAAGUCAUGCCACCAUGUUGGAUCAUGUUUUUCUUUAAAAAAAAAGAAGGAAAAAGAAGAUUUACUUUAUGUGUACAAGGUAUUGCCUGCAUGUGUGUAUGUACACCAUCAUACUAACAUUAGCUAGAUCAGUGUUACAUCAAAUGCAGAAGACAAAAAUAAUUAAAUCUCAAUUAUAACAGAGUUAAUGGGGGGGCUGAAGAGAUGGCUCAGUGGCUAAAAGCACUGGCUGCUCUUGCAGAAGACCCAGGUUCAGUUUCUGAUGGCUCAUGGCAGCCUGUAACUCCAGUUCCAGGGGCAUUGCUGUGAACUUCAUAGGCACCAAGCAUGCACAUGGUGCACAGACACACAUCAGGCAAAACACUUGGACACAUAAACUAAGUAAAUAAAAAUAUGGGGCUAGCAGAUCUAUAAUUCAGUGAUUUCUGUCUCAGUGGCUUUGGUUAUCACUUCUCUCUCCUGACAAUUCAGCCCUAAUGGCUUCUACGAUAUCACCUAGCUCCAUAGGGCAUGAACUGGUAGACACAGUAGGCCAAGGUUCCCAAAGCAAUCUGCACCUCACUUUUACACCUUCAGCAUGGUUGUCCCUAAGUGUGCAGAGUUGGAAGGGUACAGGUCCAAAGCCAUAGUCAAAUCUAUUACUGUCCUCAGUAUACAACAUAAGGGAUUUUUGUUUUUGUUUUUCUGAGACAGGUUUUCUCUGUGUAACAGCCUGGCUGUCCUGGAACUCGAUCUGUAGUCCAGGCUGGCUUUGAACUCAGAGAUCUGCCUGCCUCUGCCUCCUGAGUGCUUGGGGCUGUAACUCCGUGGUAAGUAUCUGCCCAAUGCUGAGUUCCUGCAUUCCAUUCCCAGUGCUGAAGAGAAAACAAAAACAAAACCCCCAAACUCUAGUGCUGUGUACACAGGAGUGUGCCAUCAUGCCAGCCUUGUGUCUUCUAAGAGUGGCAGACAUUGCAUUUAGGGCUUGUUCCAAUUUCCUACGAUAUGUGCUCUACUCUCAGUUUCUGUCAAGACCCUCUUCCCAAGUAACCAAGGCUCUCAGUGGGUGUGGAUGCCAGCAAGCAGACAACUUCCUGCCUGGCCAAUGGUGCCCUCUAUGCGGGCUCACAUUGAGAGUUCCCGCUAGAAGUUUCAGACUCCUGCUUUGCUCCUAGCCUUGUGGCCCUUCAGCAUCCUGGAAUGUAGCCCUUCAGCAGUGUCUGGGCUUCUAGACACCCACAGUUCUCCUGGUUUUCCAUGUUAGACUUUGGCUGGAGUCCAGUCAACCCAUGGUACAUUCCUGGGGCCACCUACACUGUUAUUUUCUUUAUUAUUUUCAGUGCUGGGAAUGGAAACCAGGGCCUUCUGCAAGGUAGCCAAGUGCAGUAGCACUAAGCCAGGCCUGUAGCCCCCUUCUGGGGGAUUCUAGGCAAGGACUCCACUGGCGAACCAUACUGGCACCCAGCCACUCACUGUGAGGUUUUAGGCAGGGACUCCACCCAUAAGCCACACUACCUCCACGUGGGAGAGGGAGUUCUGUGGUUGAUAUAUUUGUACCUUAAUAAACUUAUCUGAGGGUCAGAGACAGAACAGCCAACAGAUUAGACAUAGAGGCCAGAAAUGGUGGUACACACACCUCUAAUCCUAUCACUUGGGAGGCAGAGAUCCUUGUGGAUCUCUGUGAGUUCAAGGCCACACUGGAAACAGCCAGGCAUGGUGACACACACCUUUAAUCCCAGCACUUGAGAUCUCAUGUCUUGCUUGGGAAAGACACACGCCUUUAAUCCCAGGAAGUGAUGGCAGGAAACAGAAAGGUAUAAAAAGUGUGAGGACCAGGAACUAGAGCCUUUUCAGCUUUUAGGCCUUUAGCAGCAGUUCAGCUGAGAUCCAUUCCGAGGACUCACAAGCUUCAGUCUGAAGAUUCGUGGAAACAGGAUCUGAUCAGGAGUUGUCGAGGAAACAAUUACUCUUUGUAAGAAAUCACAGUAGAACGAAAAUUUACAAUAUCUACGUUUAUUUCCUAGUGUGUUAUUAAAUGGAAAUUUAUGUGUCAUCAUAAUACAGUAGAAGCAGCGACGGUCGGAUAACCGUUUGUGAGGAUGACACGGCACGGUAAGAACUGUACUGCAGGGGCUGUCUACACCUACCAUGAGAAGAAGAGGGACUCAGCGGCCUCAGGCUAUGGGACCCAGAACAUCCGACUGAGCCGGGACGCCGUGAAGGACUUUGACUGCUGCUGUCUCUCACUGCAGCCCUGCCAUGAUCCUGUGGUCACCCCAGAUGGCUACCUGUACGAACGGGAGGCGAUCCUGGAGUACAUCCUACACCAGAAGAAAGAGAUUGCCCGGCAGAUGAAGGCCUAUGAGAAGCAGCGAGCAGCCCAGAGGGAAGAGCAGAAACAGCUUCAGCAAGCUGCAGCCCAGGACCAAGUUCGAGGCUUCCUGGAGAAGGAGGCAGCCAUCGUGAGCCGGCCCCUCAACCCCUUCAUGCCCAAAGCUGCCACCUUACCCAACACAGAUAGUGAGCAGUCAGGACCCAGGGCGGGUCCCCCAGGAAAGGACAAGAACAAAGCGCUGCCCAGCUUCUGGAUUCCCUCACUGAUGCCUGAGGCAAAGGCCACCAAGCUGGAAAAACCAUCUCGCACUGUGACCUGCCAGAUGUCUGGGAAGCCUCUACACAUGUCGGACCUGACUCCAGUGCGCUUCACGCAGCUGGGCGACUCUGGAGACCGCGUGGGACUCAUCACACGCAGUGAGCGCUACGUGUGUGCUGUGACCCGAGACAGCCUGAGCAAUGCCACACCAUGUGCAGUGCUGCGGCCCUCUGGGGCUGUGGUCACCCUGGAGUGUGUAGAGAAACUGAUCCGGAAGGACAUGGUGGACCCGGUGAACGGGGAUCCGCUGACAGAAUGUGAUAUCAUCGUGCUGCAGCGCGGCGGUACAGGCUUCUCAGGCUCAGGAGUGAAGCUGCAGGUAGAGCUAUCUCGGCCAGUGAUGCAAGCCUGAGCUGUGACCUAAUAAACCUGCCUGUGAAUGGGAAAAAAAGAAAUACAUUUUAAUGCCAGGUGGUGGUAGAGCAUGCCUCUAAUCUCAGCACUUGGUCGGACAGGCAGAUCUCUGUGAGUUCAAGGCCAGCCUGGGCUACAGAGCCAGUUCCAAGAAAACUAGAGCUGUUGUUCCACACAAGUUAAAGUUCAUCAACACAGUAAUGUCGUUAAGAACCAGGAAUGGAAGUAGUCAUAAGAAGAUCCUGGCUUCUUCUGGGCAUUUGAGUUGUUCUUCUCCUCAGGAAGGACAUCUUACAAAACCUAAGGAUUUCAUAAGAAUCUAAUGGAUGGAUCUUAAGACUCUCCAAUAUUUUCAUUGCCAAAGGGCAAAUACUGGAAUUAUCUGGAAACAUAAGCUCCAGAGAACAGCAAGGACCCCACUGGUAAAUGAUUAUCAGGAAUAGAAGUGGCCAAGAUGAGAAGAUUUUAAUCUUUCAUUUCAUUUAUCUAUCUGUCUAUCUAUCUAUCUAUCUAUCUGUCUAUCUAUCUGUCUGUCUGUCUGUCUGUCUGUCUGUAUAUCUAUCUGUCUAUCUUGUCCUUUUUUUGUUUUAAGUCUAGCUACCCAGGCUGAUCUCAAACUUAAGUAUUUCUUUAUUCUAUGUGUGCUACUGUGCUUGGCACAGAAGAUUACAUACCCUGAAGCGUGUCUGAAACCUGUUAAAUAAAUCUCCUCAAAAGUGAGUACUGACAUAAUUCAAUUCACUCUCUCUAUAUAUAACUAAAUUUACCACCCCCCACCCCCAUGCACCCCAUGCUUACCUUGCACUGGUUGAUUUUGCAUUUCACAUCUAAAAACAUCUGAAAUACGAAAUGCUGUGAAAUCUGAGACUGUUGAUCCCAAGCAUUUCAUAAAAGGGACAUUCAGCUUGCAAUUAGCAUAUAAUUAACAAUUAACAAUGGCGGUCAUUUGCUGUUAGAACUCUUAAUGCUCUUCACAAGCACAAAGAAGGAAGGUGGCCAACUGUAACAAUUCUCAUCUCACCAUCUGAAAUGAAAGCUGGGAGGUUGAGUGAAUGCCUGAGAACAAGGCUAGCAAAGCCCUGGCUCUGGACACCCUGCCUUACCUCCCUCCAGGCUCUGAGUUCUGUGCCAUCAAUCACACUGUGCUGCCUUCAUAAGACCCAGUGACCUUGACCUCACCUUGAGUUCAAAGCAUUUUUGUAUACUUGCUCUAGUUAGCUCCUGGGCCUUAAUGGAUUCUUUGGAAAGAUUCUGGAUUUUUGUUUGGCCUCAGUUUCUGACUGUGCACCCUGCAAGUCAUCUGACAAAAACAUUUGUUUUAGAGGCAAGUGUUAGUACUGCAUUAUAAUCUCUGUAACUAGAGUCUGGUGCUCUUUUUCAUGUUUAGACAUAGGCAGCUAAUAACAGAGCACAACUGAGUUAAAUAAAUUUAGAAGCAUAUUUGUUAUUUUUUAAUCUUAAUACAAAGUUAACACAGAUUUUGGGUUUAUAAAAUAUAGAAAUCAACAUAAUUUUUAUUGACAUACAGCUCCAGUAACACUUAAAAUUCUGUGAGAUAGGCAUAACAAUAUUCUCCAUCAAUUUUAAAUGAGAUUUAUUAUUGCUAUUAUUAUUUCUGUGCACUUGUGUGACAUGCAUGUGCAGUACAUGUAUAGAGGUCAGAAACUAAUGUAAGGGAUUGGUACUCUGCCCCCAAAAUGUGGGUCCCAGGGACUGAAUUCAGAUCAUCAGGCUUGGUGGCGAGUGCCUAAUUUACCAGCUGAACCAUCUUGUCAGCUCUUCUAUCAAGUCUGAAAUUCAACAAUAAGGCAGAAAAACUUUACUUGGAACUUAAAUAAAAUUGGGGAAAAGAGUUCUUCUUCAAGAAACUGUUUGAGGACUAGCAAUGUUCAUUGGGAAGAGGCAUUUCCAAGCAGACCAGAGAAUUUAUGUUCAACCCUGGAAUCCCACAAGGUAUCAGGAUGGAACAUGUUGUACCUUGAGUCCCCCAAGGGACCAAAUUCUGCAAAAUCUUUUUAUUGCUGCCAGUUAACUUGGGCGUCUCCAUCCAUCUGAUGCAGCAGAGCAGGAGAGACCCUGAGUAGCACUCAAGCAGGUUUUUCUAAUGGUUAGGGUAGGAGAUCUAGGAGAAUUCCAACUCUAUAUCAUUACAAGCUCAAGACUGGUGCUUACGUCAGGUUAGAGAUGCUUGGUUUGAACUGAUUGGAGAGUUGCAACUGAAAGGAAAUUGCCCUAUCCUCUAGCAAUCUAUGUUACUGUAUCCAUUUGACCAGCAGAUCCAUUUCCUCUGAUAGUUAGGCAUCCCAUUUUUAUCUGCAGGAAACUCAUUCCCUAUGACAGCUAUGGUAUACAAUCUAUAACAGCAGAAAACAUCUCAGAGGACAUAUCUGGUGCUUUGUUUAUUAUGCCAGUUAUGUUACAGCAUAUCCUUUAGGUUAUGGCAGGAAAUGCCUGGUGUGCAGCUCCUAACUGUCUAGGGGUGAAGGGGCAGCAGAUCAUCUGGUGGGUUUUUAAGAACAACUUCCCAAGGGCCCGCUGUCCCCUGUCUGACCCUUCUCUAAGAUGGCUGCAGCCCUGGCAUCCUCUCAGAAAGACUUCCAAAGAGUUGUCCUCUUAACUCCACACGCACACCUCUCCCUACCCCACACCCACAGACACAUGCACUAAAUUAAGUAAUUGGUGAGGUGAUGAAUAAAAACGAAAGCGAGGUGAUACUGAGUACCUCUCAGCAGGUCCUGCCAAGGUAUGCCACUAAGCAACACACAGCACCAGCAACAGUUACUGCAAAGAGGUUCACUGGGGAAUGGUGAGUGGAAGUGUGAAGGGCUGUGUGGGAGUGGGGACUUGAGAGAGACAGAAUGACAAGAGGAAGAAGAGACGCAAGAGAGAAAAGAAGAGACAAGAGAGGAGAAGCAAAGAGAUGUGAAAAAGGCAGAGAUGGAAAGGGAAUGAGCUGUGCCUUGCGGGCAUU